AUGCAAUUGCGAUCUCGCGCGCUGGCCACUGCCAUUGCCGCUUUGAUCGGCCUAUCUGGUGCAUCAAACGGCCCCAAAAAUGAUUCUCUGGUCGCCCAGCAAAUCGACAAUCAGCCUUUCCCGUACGAUUUCCCCAAGCUUGGCACCAAUGGCGCUGAUCUCUUUCCAAUGCGCCUAUGCAAUGGCUUCAAGCUGGAAGAGGCCACUAUUGAUGAGAUUCAAGCUGAACUGAAUUCGGGCAACUUGACUGGUGUUCAAUUACUAAAGUGCUACUAUGAACGGAUUUACCAAGUGCAGCCCUAUUUGAAUGCUAUCCUGCAGUUCAAUCCUGAUGCGUUGGAUAUUGCGGAAGCUUUGGAUGUGGAACGCCAGAACGGGACGGUCCGAGGACCGCUCCAUGGUAUCCCCUUUGUGGUCAAGGACAAUAUCGCCAGUAAAGACAAGAUGGAGACGACAGCCGGUAGUUGGGCCCUAGUUGGUUCCGUAGUUCCACGGGAUGCCCAUGUUGUGUAUCAGCUACGUGAAGCUGGUGCGGUGCUGCUAGGCAAGGCUGCCCUCAGUGAAUGGGCAGAUAUGCGUUCCAAUGACUACUCUGAGGGAUACUCCGGACGCGGUGGACAGUGCCGAAAUCCAUACAACUUUACUGUCAACCCUGGUGGAAGUAGUUCAGGCUCUGGAAUUACUGUCACCUCCAAUCAAGUGCCUUUUGCUUUGGGAACUGAGACUGACGGCAGCGUCAUCAACCCUGCUGAGAGAUGCGCAAUUGUCGGUAUAAAACCUACUGUUGGUCUCACAUCUCGCGCGGGCGUUAUUCCGGAGUCAACCCACCAGGACUCGGUAGGCUGCUUUGGAAAAACAGUACGGGAUGCUACAUAUGUAUUGGAUGCUAUCUAUGGAAUCGACCAGCGCGACAAUUAUACCCUGGCCCAAAAAGGCAAAACACCCAAAGGCGGUUACACACAAUUUUUGACGGACAAAUCUGCACUCAAGGGUGCUGUAUUUGGACUUCCAUGGCUGUCAUUUUGGCAGUACAACGAUCCAGCACAAAAUGCCCAGCUGAUGGAACUUUUGGACCUUAUCCGUUCAGCCGGGGCCACCAUUAUCAAUGGGACAGAACUUCCAUACUACGAAGAUAUCGUCGAUCCCCAGGGAUGGAACUGGGAUUAUGGAACUCAACGAGGAUAUCCCAACGAGUCAGAGUACACAUAUGUGAAGGUGGAUUUCUACAACAACAUCAAGAGUUACCUUUCCGAACUGGAAAACACCAACAUGCGGUCGCUCGAAGACAUUGUACAGUACAAUAUUGAUAACGCUGGUAGCGAAGGCGGUAUUCCUGGUGUGAAUCCAGCUUUUGCUUCUGGUCAGGACGGUCUGCUCGCGUCUCUGGCAACGAAAGGUAUUAUGAAUGAAACCUAUUGGCAAGCAUUGACCUAUUGCCAGCGCACCAGUCGAGUAGACGGUAUCGAUGCAGCGUUGAAUUACAACGGCCACAACCUAACCGCUCUAUUGGUGCCACCUGACUUUGGUCCUACAUACGAAAUUGCAGCCCAGGCAGGCUAUCCAGUCGUUACCUUGCCUGCUGGAAUUAACAAGGUGUCAAAAAUGCCGUAUGGCCUCGCUUUGAUGGGCACUGCGUUCUCAGAAGCGACACUCAUCAAGUAUGCGAGUGCCAUUGAGGACCUACAGCUUUCGUCUAAAACACCUUGGAAGCGAAGCUUGCCAACUUGGAGCGGAUAUCUGGAGCGCAACAUCCCCGUAAUCAAUGCUUAA